AUGGCUCUCGCGCCCAGCUCGCCUCGCCUACCGAGCCCGCCUCCGCCCGCGGAAAUACAAAUCAGCCCCAACUCGCCGUCAGGAGGGGCGCCGGCAAGCCCUCAUGCCGCGCAGAUGGAGCAGUCCGUCCUGGAUGCCAACUCGCGCCGCCGCAUCCAUCCAGGCACCAAAGCUGCCGAUAUGGCCACUGGACCACCACUUGUUCCCCUCGGCGAUCUCGACUCUGCUUUCCAGCUUCAGGAGCAUCUCGCCGCAAUGCACUACCACCACACGGCCUGCAGCACGCAAGCCAUAGCCCGCGAAGCCGCCCUCCAGCUGGCCCAGGCCCCCACGGGCGUCGAACGCACCAUCUGGCUCUACGAGCUCUGCCGAUUCCUCAUCUCGCAGUGCAACUCCCUCAUCGUGGGGUUCCUGUUCGACAACCCCCCGUGCAGCGCGACCACGUGCCCCGAGAUGCGGGCCUCGGAGUGGCAGUUCCUGUGCGCCGUCCACGAGCAGCCCAAGAGCUGCUGCGCAAUCGACUACUGCUGCCACACCCUCGACUGGGCGGCCAACGUCGUCUCGGACCAGAAGCUGUUCCCCAGCCGAUUCGCCGUCGUCAGCGACCCCCAGAGCAGGAACGCGGGUGUCAAGAGCCUCGUCAACGUCUUUAGAAGACUGCAUCGCAUCUUUGCUCACGCGUGGUUCCAGCACCGCGGCGUGUUCUGGUCCGUCGAGAGCCAGACCGGCUUAUACGUCCUCUUCAAGAUGGUUUGCGACCUCUACGACUUGCUGCCGGCGGAGAACUACAAGCUCCCCCCGGAAGCCGAGGGCCUCGAGGCUCCGCCCCCAGAGCCCGGGGUCGAGAAACCUUGCGCCAUUCUCAAGCCGAGCCUGCAGCAGCGACCAGCUGCGGCGCCGGAGGAUGAUAGCCUCCACCCAGGUGGCCGUACCAACACUCGGAGACACAUCAGGAGUAGUCCUUCAACAGGAAGCGCAGUGACCACUGUCAUGGAGACCGAUGAGGAGGAUACAGAAAACGUCACGAGCAAGAUGCAGAAUCUGCACGUAUUCAACUUGCAGGAAGCCGACGUGGCCGAGGUGCCCGUCGUCGUUGACGACUCCACCAUCUCGGGGGCGUCGCAAGAGUCAAGCAGACCUGGACACCCGGCAGAAGCAGACGAGACGACAGUGGAACCUUCUCCUCCUCCUCCUUCUUCUAUACCUGCCCUGAAGGAGGAAGAACCAGCCGUCGUUGUCGUCGACACCCCUCACCCAGACGAAAUGUCCGAUUCAACGUCAGCAAAAGACUCUGCUGAGCUGCCAGAAGCCUCAAGACCCCCCCAUGUUGACGACCCCGGCCAAAUAGUCGCAGAGUCUGCAAUGACUCCUCCUCCAACUCUCAAGUCGUCAGAGAUCAAGGACGAGCCGGUGGGGAUUGUAAAUGCAGAGGACAUGACGGAAAAGUCGGGACAGGUCACGGACCCAGAGUAA